AGGAACAAUGGAGGGCCGGAUCCUGCUGAUGCUUGGCCUUGCCAUGGCAGCCACAGCUCUGUUUCCUGUACCAGAGGAGCUCGGCUACGAGGAAGCCGUUUCCUUGGCUAUCGACCUCUACAACCAAGAGCCAGGGGUGGCGUGGGCCUUCCGACUCCUGGAAGCCAAGCCCCAGCCGGAGUGGGACCCCUUGAUGAAAGCCCUUCAGCCACUGGAAUUCACCAUGCAGGAGACCACGUGCCCGCCCUCCAAGCCGCUGAAUCUGGACGAGUGUGACUUCAAGAAGGAUGGGGUGGUGAAGGAAUGUUCCGGAACCAUCUCUCCUGAUAAAGGGGCUCCUGGUGUUGACCUCGAUUGUGAAACUGUAGGCCAGGGGCGCACCCGUGUCCGGAGAGGCUUCUUUAAACCAUAUGGCAAGAAACCCAAGAAGGUUGCCAAAAAGCCGUACUAUCACUGUGGCUGGAAGUACUGUGGCUGGAAGUACUGUGGCUGGAAGCACUGUGGCUGGAAGUACUGA